GUCUUCUUCUGCGCGUGCAGGCAUGCAUAUAUAGGCAGCCGCGGCGUGCAGGGCUUGACCGCCAUCGACCUCGCCCAUCGACUUGACACCGCACUCUCGCAAUGGCGCUGGCUAUGCACCUGAUGCACCUGGUGCAAAUGGGCCUCGUUCCCGAGGACUAUGGUAUCGACUCGCAGUCGGUAAACUUCGAAGACAUGAUCAACCUCGCCGCCGACCUAGGCGCCACCCCGGAGACCAUCGGCGACGUUCUGGCUGAAAUGAGCACCAAAUUCAACCCGCCCACUGAUGGCACGACCGACGAAGAGGACAGCAAGUACGUGGAAGGCAACGGCGGGCUGCUCCGGCUGAAGAUGUCGAUGUCGCCGGAGGAACAAGCGGUGGCGGCCGUCGAAUACAAGGCGUGGUUUGAAGGCGGUGGCGGCGGUCCACAGUACAUAAUACCUAAGGCGUCGCCGCGAACCUAUCUUAUAGCGACUCAGGUUGCUGCGCGCAGGGACCAAGUGAAACAGUUCGCUACGCAGCUGGAGAAGGGCCAAUCUCGUUCCAUUGUGAAGGUGACUGGCUUUUCGAAGCACUCGAGUAAAGCACCAUGGGAUCAGCUGGAACCAAUACUGCUGUCGGAUAUGUUUCUGCGUCGGCCCGCCACUGGCCGUUCUCUGCGAUGCCGUAUCAUCGCGCCCUGCACAUCGUUCUACGCUAUGCAGACAGUCGUGGAAGACGAGGAAGGACAGACCUUCGAUUUUUCCUUCUACAACUACCCGACCACCUUCGAUGCCUCCCCGCAAGACAUCGACAUUCUAUUCCCCAAAGGUACCGUGCUCCUCGUCCGAGAACCGGUCAUAAUGCCAUCACAACAGAGCGACAAGCCGCUCGUCCGCGUAGAAUCGCCCACUGAUAUCGUGCCACUCGCACCGUACAGGCAGAUGCUUCCCGGUACGCGUUUCGAGACAACAACGUAUACGAGCCUCUCGCUGGUUCCCUGCUGCUCUGGCUUACUCUCGGGGCUCAAGAUCAACCCGGGCUCUCUGGUACUCCGGCUGAACCGCGCAGAAGCGUAUAUGCGCCUCGACUUCUUCUCUGGUGCCCUAUAUGAUGCUCGCUCUGUCCUGGUCGCGUCUGAACUGCCCCCUGCGCUCCGGAACAAAGCUCUCCUCCGCGCGGCGCGUGCGGAGUACGGUAGGCGCAACUAUGCAAUCGCUAGGCAGCUCUUCCAGCAACAUCGGGGGUCUAGUACCAACAACGCUGAAGACGCGAGUUGGAUCCGCCGGUGCGAAGAUCGGUUACGUGAGAGCUCGACGGGGAAGUACGACUGGGCGAAACUGUUUGAGGAGUCCCAGCGAAAUAGCAGAUUGGAUGCUGCAGACUAUACUGGACCCGUGGAAGUCAAGGACGUGCCCGGCCACGGGCGAGGUAUUGUGGCAACGAAGGAUAUCGCUGCUGGGGAGCUCUUGAUGGUCUCCAAGGCAAUCUCAAUGGUGGCAGAGCGGGACCUCCGCGCUGACAUGUGGCGGUCCGCCCUAAACUGCAAGACCUCCAGCUUCAUGACGCGCUCCCAAUGUGCCAACAUCGCCAAGGCGGCGCAGACGAUCUACGGGAACCCGGACGUCUACGCGCAGGUCUUGCACCUCUACGCAGGCCCGGACUAUCCGCUGCCUCCAGUGACCUCUCCCCCUUCGCGUCUCGAUCUGCGACCCGUGGAACCCCUCGAGCCAACCAUCAACCUCGACGUCGGCCGUCUCGAGGCGAUCUGCUUGUACAAUUCCUUUGAUCAGUGCUCCCUCCAUCUGGCCGGCUACGAGUAUGCCGAGGACGGCGACAUGUGGCACUCGCCCAACGCGCUGCACCUGCUGCCGUCGCUCCUGAACCACUCCUGCGCGGGGAACGCGCGGGUGGUGGUGUUCGGGGACAUCCUCGCCGUGCGCGCCGUCGCGCCGAUCCGGGCGGGCGAGGAGGUGACGGUGCCGUACGUCUCCCCAGACAAGGGGUACCACGAGCGCGCGAAGGCGCUGCAGCGGUACUUCCCGGCGGGCUGGGAAUGUGAGUGCACGCUCUGUGUGCUGGACAGGGCGGACGGCGCGGACGCGCUGAAGCGGCGGGAGGCGGUGGUCCGUGGGUUGACGGCGGGCCCGCUGUUCCAGGAGCCGAUGGACCGCCUGCGCGGGUUCGAGGCGGCGCUACGGGCGACGUACGCGGAGGCGAGGGGGACGCACCGCCCGGCGCUCGCGCGGGUGGUCCACUCGAUCGGGGAGAAGCUCCGCGCGGACGUCGCGACGCAGACGGAGGCCUUGGAGACGACCGUCCGGGCGCUCGUGUCCCAGGGGUUCGUCAUGACGGACGCGACGCGGCGCGACACCACGGCGGCGGCCCUGAAGCGGAGGCAGAAGGACACGCUGCCGGUGGACGUGACUGACCUCUCGAGGUGUAUGGAUGUGGAGAGGGGCGUGCUCGCGAUGCUAAGGAUAGCGGUGUGGUAUAGGGCGGAGGUGAAAAACGUGGUGCAGGCGAAGAGGUGGCUGAAGGCGGCGCAGAGCGUGGUCAACGUCGAGUAUGGCGGAGGCAGGGAGCUGUUCCUGUCGCACGGAGCAAAGGUGCUGGAAAGUUUUGGCCUGACGCAAUAUGCUGAGACCGUCCUUUGAGAUGAUCGCUUGUCGGGCUGGAGGGUGUCGCACAGCUGUGUUACACCGCUGUUUCUGGUUUGUUUUUCUUGUAAUUGUACAAUAGAUCCGCACAUGUAGAGUGUACAGUAAAUUACACGCGUCACGUCCGCACGUGACCGUGUUCUG